AUGGAUCCGUCAGCUCCACAUCCAGCCAGCGGAUGGAUCAAGACCUGGAACGACUACAACCAGGAGGAGGUCAUCAAGGUUCACCCGAAUGACAACGGUUUCCUCAAGAUGGGCUACAUCUUCUACAAAGCCAUCAACAAGGCUGCGGAUGCUGGGAAGCUCGUUGAACCUGGCGAAGUGAACAGUGGCCCGACCAUUUGCGACAAGUUCGAGCGCAUUGGAAUGGAGGUUGGCGGGUUUACUCGGCGCGAAAGCCGCAACCCUGACGGUAUCUACUACCACAAUAGUGAAUGA